UCAGUCAGUCAGUCAGUCUGUGAGCGACUCUUCUUGGCAAAUGGCCUCCUUUGGCAUCAGUCGCUUGUCGCGUCGACCCAUUCGUGGCCAGGCGAAACUCAUUCAAAUGCUGCUCGCGUUGCUCAUUUCGGUGUUGACUUUAUUCGGUUUAUUUGCCAUACGCUAUAAUCGUCGGGGUCGGCAACGUUUCGUCAGUUCGAGAAAAUAUUUGGCAUAUGCCAUAAUGGUGACUGUUCUAUUUUCAAGUAUCUAUGUGCGGCAAAUGUAUGAGGAUUAUAUGAAGUCGCAACUGAAUCUGCACGAUGCCGUCAAGCUAUAUAGUUAUAUGAACAUUACGGUGGCCAUUAUCAACUUCGUUACACAAAUGCUGGUUAGCGAUCGGGUGGCAAAGAUGAUGAGCAAUGUGCCGCUCUUUACGACACUCGACGAGUUCCAGUUGGACAAGGACACGGUUAGGAAUUCGGUGGUGGCGGCAUUGGUCAAAGGCAUCGGUUUCCCGCUGGCCAUUGAAAUUGCAUUGAUUUUGCAACAGAGACGACAUGAACCGGAUCUGAACUGGGCCUGGUCACUGUACAAACUGUUGCCCAUGGUUAUAUCGAAUUUAUUAAAUAGCUGCUAUUUUGGUGCAAUGAUCAUCACGAAGAACAUUGUGGAAGCGUUGAAUGAACGUCUCAAUAUGCAAGUGCAGCAGGUGAAUCUGUUGCAACACGACCAGCAAAAGAAACUCCACUCGAAUUAUUAUCGCAUACAACGCUAUUGCAGCCUAGCCGAUCAGAUCGAUGUGCUCGCCGAGAAAUAUCACAUAAUAUGCACACAGUCCGAGAAAUAUAUGGCUCUAAUGUCGCUCUCGAUAGUCCUGUCGUUGAUUUGCCAUCUGUUGGGCAUCACAAUCGGUUUCUUUGACCAGUAUUAUGCGAUUGCAGAGUCUGUGAUUGGCCGAAAACCAUACGACGCUUUCGGUGCACUCAUCAAUUUGAUGUUCCUCGGCAUAUCGAUUGCGGAAAUUGGCUUGCUAACGUAUGUCAGCAAUGACAUUUUGGUUGCCACACAAUCGACUGGCAGCAUUUUAGAACACCUCCAAUUGCAGCAGGUUGAUUGGCGCUAUCAGCAAAGUGUCCAUGCGUUCUCACUCCAAGUCAUCGCCAUCAAGUUCAAAAUCACGCCAAUGGGUCUGUUUGAGAUUGACAUUUCGCUCAUAACCAGCAUCCUCUCCACAGUGGCUACUUUUUCAGUCAUUCUGGUGCAAUCGGAUUUGUCACAGCGCUUCAAAUAAGACGAUGCUCACCUGACUAAAUUGCAUCAAGUUGCCCGACUGCAAGUAAACCAAAAUUAAUUAUUGAAAUACAUAUAGUACA